AUGCGGAACAUGCCCUACGUCAUGGCUGUGGAGCACAUUACGGAGAUCGUCAACAGUCCUGAGAUGUCUUUCACUGGUGAGAGUGCCGUGGAACUUUUCAUCAAGCUGUACUCUCUGUUCACACAGUCCCUGGGAGUGAAGCUGCCUCGUGCUGUGAACCCCGUCCACCAGCACACCUUUGCCACCCUGUCCUUGGCGCUGGCGGGUGCCAGUCAAAACCAUGGCAUGCUGCAGUCGCUGCUCCACAUCUGCCGUCGCAGUCGCAAGGUCUGCGAGUGCCUCCCACGUCUCGACCGGCCGCGGCGGGUGAUCUUCGUCCGCCAGUGGAAGGCUAAGCUGAUCGCCAUACACAGGAAGCUCAUGGUGCUGGCCCAGCAGCCGGAAAUCCAGAUGGCCACAGCAGAGAACAAGGAUGCUGAUGAAGCGGCGUUUGGCACUGCCCCGGACGAAGAGGAAGUUCCGGUUCUCAUGUCUGUGGGUGACGAGCACGGCGGCCUCUGUCCACAUUUGGUCUUUUGUCCUGGUUUGGAAAACGACGAGGACGGCAAGGAGAUCCGGCGCGGCGAGUUCCCUUUGGGACCGCCUCUCUUCGAGACUCCGGAGCACAAGGAUCUUCAGUGCGGAGAACGUGUUCUACUGGCCCUGUCAAGCCCCGAUGCCCCGAGCGGCGGGAAGGCCUCAAGCUCCGGCUGGGGCUGGGGAGGAAGCGCUGCGCUCAAGGCCAUCGCCAGCGACGGGCCUCUGCGCACUUCGGAGCAGGAUUUGCAGGCCCUGGCCUCGCAGCCCAUGCAGGAGGUCCUGGAUUUGGGGCACAUCGCCCGGGAGGUGCCGCAGAACUUGCCCACGGGCGACCUGCCCUUCGACAUCGCCGGGCACCCCGCGGUGCGCCACACCGUGGCCAAGCGCUUACUGGACCGAAUGCAGGCGGAGAUGAAACGCUUCGCGGAGAUGCAGAAGGACACCCCGGCCCCUCGCGUGCGGGAGCUUAGCGAGGCCGAGCUGCGGAAGUUGGCAUCCGGUAACCAAGAGGCCGCCGAUGCUGCGGAGAGGGCCCUCAGCAACAUCAUCAAGUGUAUCUCAGACAUGAAGGCCGCAGAUGCGGCCUUCGUGGAUUCAGCCUUCAAAGAGCUCCUGAAGCGGGGCAACACCAUCGAGAUCUCGGAGGAAGGCGUGGCCAAAGCCUCGAACGGUGGGGCGCGGGCGGCCACGGACGCCAACCUGGCGCGGCUGAAGCACUGGCUGCUGCGGGUCUCGGGCCACGAAUCGGAGGCCUGGUUGCAGCGGGCCUGCCGUUCCUUGCUGUCCUCAUCGGCAACAACGGAUUGGCAAAGGAUCAACCCGUUCCUCACAGACAGCGAGGUGAGGGACAUCCUGCAGCUGACGGCCCAUGCCAUGCUCCGUGCCGUGCGCGUGGUCCUGGCCAACGGCUCCUUGGCCGAGGCUCGGGACUUACAGAAGAUGCUCACAAAGGCCAUCAGCACCGUAAAAGAGACCGGCAAGCUUCCCAACGACGUCCGCGUGGGCCUCGCCGAGAAGGGCGAGGUCCUGGCGCGCAGAAUCGACGCAAGGCGCCACUAUGUCUCCGAGACGUUGUCCUACGACCCACACUUCUUGGUCUUUGAGUUCUCGGACAACAAGAUGCUCCACGGCCGGCAGGUGGCGAUCAUCUCGGACUUCCAGCGCACCGUGGAGGGCGGGGAGAGCGGCGUGAAGCAGAUGAUCAUGGGAGCCGGGAAGACGACGGUCGUGAGCCCACUCUUGUCUAUGCUCUUGGCCAAUGGCAAGCGCCUGGUCAGUCUGGUGGUUCCCUCGGCCUUGCUUGAGUUCUGCCGUGGCGUGCUGAUGGCGGUAUUCUCCUCCAUCAUCCAGAAGCGAAUCUGCAUGUUCCACUGUGACCGCUCCGAGGAUGUUGACAUUGCCAUCUGUGACCGGAUUGAGGCCGUGCGGAACGAAGGCCACAUUCUUCUAACCAAGCCAACUGACGUCAAGAGCCUGAUCUUGCGAUUCGUCGAGAACCUGGACAUCUGCAACGACCGGCGUGCCAAGCGCAACACAGCAGCCCUGCAGAAGGAGACCAUUGAGCUCGGCCGGGUACUGGAGGUGUUCUCCAAAGGCGUGUGCAUGAUCGACGAGGUGGACCUGGUUCUGCACCCCUUGCGGAGCGAGCUCAACUUCCCCAUCGGGCCCAAGAAUCUCAUCGAUUUCGCACCACACCGCUGGCAAAUCCCGCUGCACCUGCUAGAAGGCAUCUUCAUCAGCGAGCUUCAGGCAGGCAAGGACGGUGAGCUCACGCCGCCUGAGCGCUUCGCGGACAGCGCCCUCGCCAAGGACAUCCUAAAGCAGAUCGCGAAGACCGUCGCCGACGGCACCAGGGAGCUGAAGAUGCAGCGGAGCCCGCAUCUUGUGCUCCUGAACCUGGAGUUCUACGAGGAGAAGCUGAAGGAGGUGAUGUGCUCUUGGAUGUCCCUAUGGCUCGCAUCCGAGCACGUCGGCCGCAGCUUCGCGCACGAGCGCGAGGGCACCAUCGACGGGGGCCUCUCAGACCAGGAGGUCCGAGAGUACCUGCGGCAGGUGGCCGCCCCCGACUCCCCCUUGGCCAAGCGGGUGGAGAUGCUCCCCAAGAGAGAUGUGCAGAUGCUCAACCUCUCUGCUGACUGGCUCUCGAUCUUCCUGCCGCACGUGCUCCAGAAGAUCAACAGAGUCACCUACGGUAUCAUGACAGACACACAGGUAGAGCAGGCCCUCAUCAAGCAGCCCGGCAUGCCCAUGACGCGUGCCAAGCUGUCCAUCCCCUUCAUCGGCAAGGAUGUUCCGUCUCCGUCCUCAGAGUUCGCCCACCCGGACAUCACCAUCGGCCUAACCCUCCUCAGCUUCCGCUACGAGGGGCUCCGUAUGUCGGACUUCGAUGCCGUCCUGGACCUCUUGGUGGCGAACCUCGAAGCCGAGCCCGGCGUGGCUGCGGAGCGGCCCACGGCGAUGCUCUUCAAGCGCUGGGUCGAAGGCUCCGGGGGGGUCCUGGCGACCAGGCGCCAGGAGCUCCAGGACCUCACCCCCGAAGAGCUUGCCGCAGCUCGCGCGGCGGAGGUGCGCGAGAAGAAGGUGCGCAUCCUGCCACUGCACAUGCUGGAGCGCAGCAACCGCCGGCAGAUGAACGAGCUCUUCAAGCUCCUCCGGAAGAAUGGUCAGGUGGUCGCCUGGUACCUGGAGUCCAUCGUCUUCCCGGAGCACCUCCGCUUCCAGGAGGUGAAGCUCAUGUCUUCGGGCCAAGAUCUCGGUGGGGCCCUGCUCUUCAAGGAGCGUAUCGGCUUCAGCGGGACACCCUCGGAUCUCAUGCCCCGGGAGCUCGGCUCCUGCGACUUCGAGCCCGGGAGCGAAGGCAGCAUCGUCCACACGCUGACGAAUCCAGAGGUGGUCUCCUUCGAAGUCUUCGGUGCCGAUUGGACCGUCACGAGCCUCCUUGACCGCAUCGCGGUGGGGGGCUUCCACGCCCUCAUCGACACGGGAGCCCUCAUCACCGGCCUGUCCAACAAGGACGUGGCCGUGUACCUCCUCGGCUUGGACAAUGCCCAGGUGCCUCACCCCACGCUGCCAAGCAGCUUCCAGGGGGUGGUCUUCAUCGAUGAUGAAGGAUCGAAGAAGAUCCUCCUCAGGCAAACCCAGGAAGUCCUGAAUCUGGCUGACUGUGGCAUCCCGGCCACCAGCCGCUUCGCUUUCUACGACCAGGUGCACACCACCGGAAUGGAUAUCCAGCACAAGCGCGACUGUGUGGGCGCCAUCACGCUGGGGAAGGACAUGGUCUUCCGAGACUAUGCCCAGGGUGCCUAUCGGCUCAGAGGCAUCGGCAAGGGGCAGAAGCUGCGCAUCCUCAUCAUCCCAGAGGUGCGGGAGCUGAUAAGCAAGCAGAUCCUGCAAGCCAACUCCGGCAAGCCGGUCUGCACCGAGACCUCCAUGCUGGGUGACGUCUGCGGAUGGCUGGUGCUCAACUCGAUGCUGUCGGACCGGCUGCAGUUCAACGUCCUGCAGACGCAGAACCUCUCCAACAUCUGGCGCAAGAACGCCUGGAACAUGAUCAUGGAGAAGUACGCCCUCCUACAGCUACCGGAGAUCGUGGACUGUAUCGAGGUCUUCAAGGAGCCCAUCGACUUCAAGGUCUUGGACAAGGUGCCUGUGCCCAGAGGGCUGCUUCAGAUCGUACAAGGAAAAGCCGACGAGUACACAAAGUACAUCCUCACGGAUGGCGACCGCCAGGCGGUGGAGUGGGUCAUCAAGAACGUGCUGGAGGUGCAGGGCAUGGAGGUUGGCGAGCAGACCUUGGAGGCCGAGGCCGAGCGAGAGGCCGAGGCGGAGCGGGAAAUGGAAGAAGAGGAAGAGGAGGAGCGUGAGCAGCAGAUCGAGAUUGAGAAGUUCGUGGACCUCAUGUACUGCCGCGACAGCGAGGAGCCGAACAGCUGGCCUUUCGCCAGCCUCACGGAAGAGAGCCCGUCUCAGUUCUAUCCUGCCAACCAGUUCCGUCUCUUCAAGGGCCGGAGCUUGGAGACCUUGCCCAAGGACUUCCUCCUCUCCGAGAACUACUACAACCCCAAGUGGUCGGGUUUCCGGCGGCUUAAGAACACUUGUGUGGUCAUGGAGUGGCUUCCCCGAGGAUGUCCGGCGCAGCGCCUGGCCGAGAAGUUGCAGCUCUCGGAGACCGAAGAAGCCCUGAUGCAGAAGUGCUGCAAGCGGGCUCUGGAGCUCUUCACGGCCGAGGGCAAUGCGCAGGGCGCAGGAGGUGCUUUGAACCAAGACCGCAUCGGCACGUUGCUGCGACUGGUGUUCGACCAGGGCGAUUACGCGCUUCACGACCCGAAGACGGCUUUGUCGCUCAUCGGUGGGAAGCCUGCCGGAGUUGGCUUGGAGGACAUGGUGCAGCUGCUGCUUCAUCCCCACUUCCGACCUCAGGACUCCGGGCGCUUCUUCGUGGCUCUGAGCUUGGCGGAAGGAGAGACGCUUCGCCGCAUCCUCCACUGCAAGCUGGCGACGGGCCCCCCGCUGGCGCCGGCCAACACCGCCAUCGGCCUCCGCUCGCUCACCGGGGGCUUCUCCGUCUUGGACCGCUCCGUGGGCUUCGAGGAGGGAGCCACAUACCAGACGCUGAGAUCUAUGCAGCUCUGCCGCUACUUCGACACGCAGGUCUUCUUCAAGGACGAGGAGCUCAUGGCGCUCCUCCGAGGUCUUCAGCACGAGACGCCCUUCGCCCGGCGGCGCUUCUUUGAGCAAAUCGGAGGUUGCCGGCGUCGUGCUGCGGGAGACUGGGCCGAGCGGCCCAUCGCCGUGGCCUUGACGGUAACGUCGGAGUUCGACAUCAUGGUGCAACGCAUCCGCGCGGUCCGGCUCCGCGAAGCCAUCUCAGGGAAAGGCCUCGGAGUGCAGGAGGCCUUCGAGCGCUUCGACACGCAGCAGAUCGGCUUCCUCGGCCCCAUCGCCAUGGAUGAGUCUGGCGACCACCUCGUUUCUUACCGGGAGUUCUUCGGCUUCGUCAAGAGCAAGGUGGACGUCUUCAUGGGCGGUGACCAUGCGAUUGUCGCGGAGCUGGGAAAGAACCAGACGCAGCUGGCCCCUCCGUCCAGCCUCGAUCGGGCUCGGACAGGUGCAGCUGACCCCGCGGUUCCGACGCUCGGAGUUCCCCCUUCCCUGAUUCUCCAACAGAGUCGUGGCUCAAGCCAAAGUCUCUCGCAGCAGCCAUCAGCUGCGGUGAGAAUGCUCGAGUUGUACUUCUUCACAGACCGGGCCACCACGAAAGACGUGGUGCUUUUGCCCGCGCUUUGCCAUGACAUGGCUCUUUUCUCCGUCGCUUUGCAGCUGGUGCUGCUCGUGCUGAUCCUGUCGUACGUGUGGUUGAAGGCUCUGUUUGAUCGCCUUGCGAUCAUUUCGCGAGCGAGGAGCGCUUCUUUAGAGGAGGCCGCGCAGGAGCAGGAGCCGAGGUUCAGGAUGCAGCUGCCGCCGCCGAGCAAAUCCCUGCGGUUUGGCAUCAAAUGGGACCCGGACCUCCGGUAUAUGAUCAAGACUCUCAAGGCGGAAGGUGAGGAAGGCCUUACAAGAUUUCUGGAGAACGAGGUCUUUGUUUGGAAGCUGCGGAGCUACGUGCGAAACAAGCUCUCCAAGGCUUUCAAGAUGAACAUCAAGCGAGAUACGAUCAGGCUGCAGCAGCAGAGGCAGCUUCGCGAACGAACUGCACAGAAGACCCCCGAGCAGGAGAUACAAGAUCGACAGGCUCUGCGAGAGCUCUUUGGGCAAGCGGGGCAACCUGCGGCUGCUGCACAAGAGCAGGCGCCCGUGAUCCAGGAAGCCGAGGAGAAGCUAGCGGCUUCUCAAGGGCCACCGGUGGAAGAGGAGGAGGAGGCGGAGAAGCCCGACCCGUUCUUGGCCAUGCUGAUUGCAACAUCACAGAGAAAGCUACUGGACUCACCCCGGAUGUCACCAGCAGAUGCUGCGGCUCUGGCCUCCAUGAAAUCGGAACUCUCACCCGAAGAUGCCGCUGCUCUGGCCUGUCUGAUGGCAGAGGAACCUCUGAGCAACUCCGAAAGCACGCAUGCAGACGUGCCGUCAGAAGAACACAGCUCAUGCGAAACCGAUGGUUGGGAAGGUGAGGACUUCUUUGCACACAUCGACUCCAGCCUGCCACCAGAACUGGCAGCAGUCAAGCUCUUUGCAGCAAUGGGCAUCUCGGAAGACCUUGCGCUCGCCAGAAGUGCUCCUGUCGCGCCCACCAACACCUUGAACAUCGAGGAACCCUUCAAAGACUUUUGGGACAAUCUGGAUAACAACAUGUCGCCAGAACUGGUGGCGGCUAACCUCGUGAACGCGAACUUUGGGAUCUACCUUAGGAUUUAUGGAUUUCUCAUUGAUGCGCAGCUUCAACGCACAGAGUCUGCCGAGCCCUGCGGAGGCGCCUUGGCCUUGCCCGGGAAGGCCCCGAUGCUCAAGAGGGAGAUCUCCAAGAAGCCGGAGAUCACGCAAGGAGAGCGCGACACCAUCUCGAACAAGCUGCAGGACCGCGUGGCGCGCAGGAAGCUGGAGGAGGAGAAGGAGAAGGAGCACAUCGCGGUGGAGGAGGAAGAGAUGCAGAUCGCCAUCGAAGAGCAGCACGGAGCCAACCCCUUCUACACCUAUGCGAAUGAGAAGUGUGGCGGUGCCACAACGGCUGACUUCGACUUCCAGAUGGACUACCUGCCGAAGGACUGCUUUGCCUUCGGCUUCGUGGAGCCCAUAUCGGUCGAAGGCCAGAAGGGCUUCCUUCAGAUCGACAAGAGGAGCUUCGUCAUAGUUGGGAGCUUCGUGCAGUGCACUAAAAUGCAGCUCCAGCCAAACGGCGGCUCCAGCAACAAGCUCAACACCUACGGGCUUACACUGUCAUUCUGCUGCCCCAGCCUGCCCCAAAGUGAGCCCGGGGGUGGCGCCGUCUCCGCCGCACGCAUCAACAUCCACUACGCGAUUGCCGACAUCUACUUCGUGUACGCCGGUAAGGAGACAGGGGACCAGAAAGAGAAAGGGGAUCAGAAGCAGCACACGCACGAGUUCAAGCUGGAGCCCGGAGAGCACAUCACCGAGAUCCAGACUCGCUAUGUUCCCGACGUGGGGAUCUACAGCGUGAUCUUCAAAACGACCCAGGGGCGGAGCUCUGAGGCCUUCGAAGGCGACGAGAUGGAGUACAUGGAUCCUGACGACAUGAAGAGGCAGAACUUCCAAGCGGGGCGGGGGAACAUGAUCGCGGCGGUGAAGACGAAGAUCACGGAUGGAGUGGUCGGCAUCACGGGCAUCACCAAGAAGCCGGUGAACCAAAGCGGGAAGACGGAGACGCCCUCGGAUCGCUUGACUUUGGUCUCCUUGAGCCGGGCACCAGGUGAUGCAGAUACCUAUGCAGAUGUGGUGGGCACCCAGGGGGUCACCCAGAGUGGACAGGAGAUGGAGGCUUGUGUCGGCUGCGAGAUCUUCGUGUGGAAGGAUGGCACCAUCGCCCCGGACGGAUUCCAGGCCCCAGAGCAGCGGCUGCCAACCGUGGACGACUCGGUCCUUCAGGGCCGCUGGGAGAUCACCUUCGAAGGUGAUGCUCCCCCGGGGGCCGAGGGAUACGUGUGGCAGGUGACUUUGUCUGUGGACGCCGCGGGAAGGAUCCAGGGCGACGGCAUCCCGCACAAGCGCAAGAAGCAGAUCGUCCACCGGAAGGCCAGCGUGCCGGAGGCCCCUGUGCAAGCGGCAAAGCCAGAGAUUGAGCUGAUGGAAGGGAAGAUCGAGCUUCCGGACGAUGAGGACGUUGAUGAGGACCCUCACCUCAUGGCCGAGAUCGAGCGCGAGCAGCGCGACAUUCGGCUCGAGGAGGAGGGCGAGGAGUCGGAGUGUGAGGAGAUUCCGAGGAAGCCCCGGCGGAAGAAGGCCUACAGCGAGAGCUCCGAGGAGGAACCCGGGGAGGUGAACCGGGACACGCUGAGCGAAGCGAUCCUGCCCAUGUACGAUGCGACGAUGGAGAUCCUUGAGAUCCUCGAGAACUACAACGGGGACCUGGGCCAAGUCCUGCGAGGUUACAAGAAGAUGUUCCAAUGCUUCAAGGACAUGAAAAAGCACAAGAAGCUCCGACGAGAGUUCGAGAAUUGCGGCCUCGAGAACAAGUUUGAAAAGGCGCACGAACUCCUGGAAGAGCAUGGCAUCGAGGGGGAACUGGAAGAGUUCUUUGAGGAGCUCUACGGCGGCGAUUCCGAGUACGACAGCGAGAGUGAUUACGGCUCCGAUUCCGAUCCCGAGGAGAAGGUGGAGGAGAAGCCGAAGAAGGAAGAGAAGAAGGCGGUUCGAAUUGUCUCCUUGAGAAGCGAGGGAAAGCUCGUGGGACGGCAAGUAAAACUGGACAUGUUCGGGGAGCAGAAGAAGUCCUCUGCACAGAAGAAGGACCCGUUCGACGAGGACGAGGAAGAAGAGGAAGAGCAACCCUCAACGGUCCAGUUCUGCUUUGAUGGUGCCGUGACGGACGAAAGUGACACCACAGCCGUUCUGAAGGGCGAGUGGCGUGCAGCGAACCCGGUGGAGGAGGAGCUGCCAGAGGGCACGAACCCGCCGGCCACGGAGGGUCGCUGGACGGCCACCCGCGUAGUGGACGAGUCCGCUCGCCUGGCUGGUCUCUGGCGCGUGUCCGUGGGCCUGCAGGACGGGGCGCAGGCCUAUGCCUACACCAUGUGGCUGACGGUCCAUUUCGCGGUCGAGUCGCGGUCGGGUGCCGUUCACGGCGCCCUGCUGGAAGGGCCCGAGCUGGAGAAUGGAAGCACCGACGGGGGCCCGAAGGUCAGCAAGGCCCUUGUCGAAGGCUCCCUGAAGAGCCGCUCCCUGCGGCUCCAGGUCAACGGCUGGAAGGGCCGCGCUAUGCUGGAGGGUCAGCUCGAUCGUCGCGGCGGCGCAGUGGCCACGAUCACAGGCUUUUGGUGGUCCCUCGAUGCUAACGAGAUCUCAGGGACCUGGUCUGCGACCCGAGUCGAUGCUACGGUCCUGGAGAAGCUCAUCGAGCCCAAAUUGACGGGCGAAGCGCCGUUGGUUACGAAGUGUGCCUCCGGCUGCCGCAUCACGGCACAGGGCCUCAAGAAUAAGGGCAAGCCCAUGUGCUCCAGUAAGCACGUCUUAAGCAGCAAGAAGAGCACGGACGACUACGAGGACGAGAUGGAGUGUGAGCGCUGUGGCCGCGAGGUGAGUGGCUCUCACUGGUAUUGCGGACGUUGUGAGGUCGUCGUCUGCUCUCGCUGCGAGAAGCAGAACGUUGCCAAGAACGACAUGGACGAAGAUGAGCGAAAGCAGAUGGAGGUUGCGGCGCUGGACCGAUUCAAGCUCUCCGGAAAGGUCUACUUCGAAGUCACCGUGGAGAAGUCGGGCGAUGGUGGGCUGCUAGGCCUCGCGCUGCAGAACGCCGACGACGACUACGCGCCGGGGGAGGACUUGGGGACCUGGGCCUAUCUCCAUAACGGCGCUUGCCGCCACGGUGGGCAGGACGACGGUAAGAGUACCGCUUGGAAGGAUGGCAUCGUCCUGUGUGUCGCCGUGGACUGCGACGCCGGCUCUGUGCAGGUGGCAACAGUGGACAAGCCUGCCUUCGAGACGCUUCUGCAGCUGGCAGCCGAGGAGUUGCCUUCCGAAGUGGGUUUGCCCCUGGUGGCGCUGCUGUCACCGGGGGACAAGGGUGCCAUGACCGUGAACAUGGGGCAGCAGCCUUUCAAGCUUCAGCCACCCGCCAAAGAGUUCCGACCGAUAGCCGAGCUGAUGGAACUUCGGCGCCAGUGGCGCGUGACUCUCCCGGACAAUGUGGAAACGUGGCCUGUGUAUGUGAAGCCCUCCCGGCAAGCCGAGGGUGCGGAGUCGCUGCAGGCCCAGUGGGGAUUCGAGGAGCUGGCGACUCAGCAGGAUGCGAGCGGAACUACCUGGAUUCGGCAUACCGGUGGUUGGUCGCCGGUGUCGCUGGAGGCUUUGGGCCGGCUAUGCACAGGCCUCACACCACUGCCCUCCACCAUCGAUGCCUUGGAGAAGCGUGGCGAUGCAAAUGGCGGCUUCAAGUUCUUCCGCUUUGUGGUGACGAAGGUGCGGGGUGGUGACACGGUGAAUGGCGUGUCCCUCGGCCAACUGCUGCUGCGGCGAGAGGGUGUGGAGCUGGAUCUCGCAGAUGCCACGGCCGAGAAUCCCGACGGUCAGUUUGCAGACAACGAGGGCCCAGGCAAUGCCAUCGACGGGCGGACGAGCACCCGGUGGCAUAGCUCGGUCUUGAGCCCCUUGCUCAUCAAGCUACCCAAGCCGGUGCUCAUCGACAGCUUCAGCUUCCGCACGGGGCCCAGCGACGAGCAGCUGGAUCCUAGGUUCUUGUUAAGGAGGAGUUUAACCCUAAAUCCCAAAACCCUAAACCCCAACCCUUAA